CAGGGAUCUGUGAUGCCCAGCUGUGAUCGCUCCUGCAGCUGCAGCCAUGGCCCCAACGUGGAGGAUGGCAAGUGGUAUGGGGUCCGCUCUUAUCUGCACCUCUUCUAUGAGGACUGUGCAGGCACUGCUCUCAGCGAUGACCUCGAGGGACCCCCAGUCCUAUGCCCCAACCAAUCCUGGCCCUUGACGUGCUGGAAGAUCACCCUGUCCUUAGGGACACUGCUUCUGCUGCUGGGUGUGGCAGCCCUGACCACCGGCUAUGCGGUACCCCCAAAGAUGGAGGGCAUCGGUGAGGGUGAGUUUCUGGUAUUGGACCAGCGAGCAGCUGACUACAACCAUGCCCUGGGCACCUGCCGCCUGGCAGGCAUAGCACUCUGCUCAACAUCCGGGAUCCUGCUGGCCAUCUGUCUCUUCUGGGCCUCAACAGGCUGUCUGAGCCAGGACACCAAGGCAGAGCCCUUGGACACUGAAGGGGAUGGCCAUGUGGAGAUCUUCGGGGAGGACCCAGAGCAGCAGCUGUCCCCCAUUUUCCAUGAUGUCAGAGGCCAGUCAUGGUUCUCACCCCCUGCCAGUCCCUUUGGGGAAUCUUCUGUACAGACCAUCCAGCCCAAGCGAGACUCCUGA